CUCUCUACACAAAUACAAAAUGUAGAGAGAGAAAGCAUAUAAAGUGAGAGAGUACUACUACUAGCAUAUGCAUAGCCUCCUAGCUCUGCUCACAGUUGUCUGUAUCUAUAACUAUACAUACACUGAUACACACACAUAAUAUUCACUUUUACUGUGUCAAAAUUUAAUCUUUUUAGAGAGAGAAAGUGAGAGAGAGAGAGACAUUAGGCAGAGAAAGCAGGAUUAAAGUUGCUGAAAAUGUGUAGCUAGGGUUUGUGAUUGAUGAGAGGUGGAUGUGAGGGAGCUUAGCGAUGGCUGCUUGGGAUUUGGUGGGGUUAAUCUUGGUGCUUCAUCAUGUGCUCAUGGUUGCUGCUAAUAUGGAAGGCGAUGCAUUACACAACUUACGAACUAGCUUGCAAGAUCCCAACAAUGUCCUGCAGAGCUGGGAUCCAACCCUUGUGAACCCUUGCACAUGGUUUCAUGUGACAUGUAACAAUGAAAACAGUGUUAUAAGAGUUGAUCUUGGGAAUGCAGCAUUAUCUGGUCAAUUGGUUCCUCUUGGCCAGUUGAAAAAUUUACAAUACUUGGAGCUUUACAGCAAUAACAUAAGUGGACCAAUUCCUAGUGAUCUUGGGAAUCUGACAAAUUUGGUGAGCUUGGACCUAUACAUGAAUAGCUUCUCUGGACCUAUACCGGACACAUUAGGAAAGCUUACAAGGCUAAGAUUCUUGCGUCUCAACAACAACAGCCUCUCUGGUCCAAUUCCAAUGUCACUGACUAAUAUUACAACUCUUCAAGUCCUGGAUUUAUCAAACAAUCGGCUAUCAGGACCAGUACCGGAUAAUGGCUCAUUUUCUUUGUUUACACCUAUCAGUUUUGCCAAUAAUUUGAAUUUAUGUGGACCCGUAACUGGGAGGCCCUGCCCUGGAUCUCCCCCAUUUUCUCCACCACCUCCGUUCAUCCCACCAUCAACAGUACAGCCUCCAGGACAAAAUGGUCCCACUGGAGCUAUUGCUGGGGGAGUAGCUGCUGGUGCUGCUUUACUGUUUGCUGCACCUGCAAUGGCAUUUGCAUGGUGGCGGAGAAGAAAACCGCGAGAACAUUUCUUUGAUGUGCCAGCUGAAGAGGACCCAGAAGUGCACCUUGGUCAACUGAAGAGGUUUUCUCUGCGAGAAUUGCAAGUCGCAACGGAUACUUUUAGUACCAUACUUGGAAGAGGUGGAUUUGGUAAGGUGUAUAAGGGACGCCUUGCUGAUGGCUCACUUGUAGCAGUUAAAAGGCUUAAAGAAGAACGAACACCAGGUGGCGAGCUGCAGUUUCAAACAGAAGUGGAAAUGAUUAGCAUGGCUGUGCAUCGAAAUCUUCUGCGUCUACGUGGUUUCUGCAUGACACCUACAGAGCGGCUUCUUGUAUAUCCAUACAUGGCUAAUGGAAGUGUUGCGUCAUGUUUAAGAGAGCGUCAGCCAUCAGAACCUCCCCUUGAUUGGCCAACUAGGAAGAGGAUUGCACUAGGAUCUGCUAGGGGGCUUUCUUAUUUGCAUGACCAUUGCGAUCCCAAGAUUAUCCAUCGCGAUGUAAAAGCUGCAAAUAUAUUAUUGGACGAAGAAUUUGAGGCUGUUGUAGGUGAUUUUGGGUUAGCUAGGCUCAUGGAUUACAAGGAUACCCAUGUUACGACUGCUGUAAGGGGUACCAUUGGGCACAUAGCUCCCGAGUACCUCUCGACUGGAAAGUCAUCAGAGAAGACCGAUGUCUUUGGUUAUGGGAUAAUGCUCCUAGAGCUCAUUACUGGACAGAGGGCUUUUGAUCUUGCUCGCCUUGCGAACGAUGAUGAUGUUAUGUUGUUGGAUUGGGUUAAAAGCCUUUUGAAAGAGAAAAAGUUGGAGAUGCUGGUCGAUCCUGACCUGCAGAACAAUUACAUUGACACAGAAGUUGAGCAGCUUAUUCAAGUAGCAUUACUCUGUACCCAGGGUUCGCCAAUGGAGCGGCCUAAGAUGUCAGAGGUAGUCCGAAUGCUUGAAGGUGAUGGCCUUGCAGAAAAGUGGGACGAGUGGCAAAAAGUUGAAGUCAUCCAUCAAGACGUAGAAUUAGCUCCACAUCGAACUUCUGAAUGGAUCCUAGACUCGACAGAUAACUUGCAUGCUUUUGAAUUAUCUGGUCCAAGAUAAACAGCGGUAUAAAAUGUGAAUGAAAUUAAUAUUUUUUAUGGUUUUCUCAACCUUUCCACCCAUCCUUUGCCAACAUCUCUGUAAUUUUAUUAAGUUUUUACGUGUUGCUUUAGAAAAUGAUCUUCCCAUCUAUUGUCAUGUUGUAGUUGCCUUAGCAGGUUCUUUUAGUGCAUAAGAUGUUUGGAUAGCAGGUUUUAGGUUUGCUGAUUGCUCCACAAGUGAAUGAAAACCCCUGGUAGAGUAACAGAGUUCGUGAUUGAA